AUGGCGCGCAUCUCUAUCUUCGGACUCGUGGCCUUCGCGUCGUGGGCAUCGGCGCUCACAUACAAAGGCGCCGACAUCUCCUCCGUGCCCGAAGUUGAGGCUGCGGGUAUCACCUAUACCGACAGUGGAUCGGCCAAGGCGUUCGAGAAGAUCAUCGUCGACCAUGGAGCGAACACGGCUCGGGUGCGGGUGUGGACUUCGGGGACCUACGACACGGACUUUGCUAUCGCGAUGGGCAAGCGCGUCAAGGCUGCGGGCAUGACUCUUAUCGUGGAUCUCCACUAUAGCGACACCUGGGCCGACUCUGGCCACCAGGCGAUUCCCUCUGGCUGGCCUACGGACCUGGACGGGCUCAACACUGAGAUAUACACUUAUACUCAGAGCAUCGUCUCCCAAUUCGACUCUGCAGGCGCCACAAUCGACAUCCUCCAAGUCGGCAACGAGAUCAACGACGGCCUGCUCUGGCCCGUCGGCCGCCUCUCCACCGAAGGCUUCAGCCCCGCCUCCCAACUCAUCAACUCCGCCAUCUCCGGCGCCAAAUCCGUCUCCUCGCCCAAAAUCCUCAUCCACCUCGCGAACGGCUGGGACUGGUCCGACCUCGAAUGGUUCUUCACCGGCAUCUUCAUCUCCGGCGCAUUCGAAGCCUCGUCGCUCGACAUCGCCGGCGUCUCGUUCUACCCGUUCUACGGGACGGACGCGACGCUUGCCGCGCUCAAGAGCUCGCUGACGAAUUUGGCGAACUUGAUCGGGAAGGAGAUUAUCGUUGCGGAGACGGACUGGCCGGUGACUUGUUCGGGCGUGACGCUGUCAGAGUCGGUCGCUGUGUCGGCGGCGGGACAGGUUACGUGGAUCGAGGAUAUCACGAGCGUGCUGGAUAGCUUGCCGAAUGAGCGUGGGCAGGGUAUUCUGUACUGGGAGCCCGGAUGGAUCGGGAACGCCGCACUUGGGUCGGGCUGUUCUGACAACCUUCUAGUCUCCGGUACCGGUGCAACGCGGUCGUCUAUCGGGAUGUUUGUUGACAUGUAG